AUGCCACAGAAAAUCACGGUCGCGGUGGCCCAGGCGAGCACCCAGGCGACCACCGCCGCCACGCUGGAUGCUCUGCAGAAGGUGACUCGCCAUGCGGCCAGCCGCGGGGUCCACCUGAUUCUGUUCCCAGAGGCCUAUCUGGGGGGUUAUCCCCGAACAUGCGACUUUGGCACGGCUGUGGGAGCCCGUGCCCCGCAUGGCCGGGACCAGUUCCUCGAAUACUUCCAUGCCGCCAUCGACCUAGGCGACACGCCCACGGGGGCAGGCGAUGACUGGGUGAACCGCAAGUUGCCUCUGCCUCGCGGCAAGGAGUAUCGCGGUGAUGGAACGAGAGAAGCGUUGGAGAGGAUCUCCCGGGAGACGGGCGUCUUCAUUGUGUGUGGCGUGAUUGAGCGCGCAGGGGGCAGUCUCUACUGUUCCGCCAUCUAUGUCGACCCCCGCGAUGGUGUCCUGGGCAAGCGGAGAAAGGUCAUGCCUACCGCAUCGGAGCGUCUGAUUUGGGCCCAGGGCUCGCCCUCGACCCUCAAGGCUGUCACCACCGAGCUGAAUGGCGUCCGGCUGACCAUCGGAGCCGCCAUCUGCUGGGAGAACUACAUGCCGCUACUUCGCCAGAGUCUGUAUUCCCAGAAUGUCAACCUUUAUCUGGCCCCGACGGCCGAUGCCCGGGAUACCUGGCUGCCGCUCAUGCGGACCGUCGCUGCAGAAGGCCGCACCUUUGUCCUGUCCGCCAACCAGUGUGUGCGACGUCGCGAACUGCCGGGCUGGAUCACGACAACCUCCCAGGGUGGAGGCGAUGGGGACGAGUAUGUGUGCCGGGGUGGUUCCUGCAUUGUGGGCCCGUUGGGCGAAGUCCUUCGUGACCCCAUCUGGGAGGUGAGCACGGACGAUCUGGCCGAUUCGGAGGACCUGGGCGCCGCGCUGUCGGUGACGGAGAUCGACCUGGAGGAUUGUGAGCGCGGGCGGUUGGAUAUCGACGUGGCGGGCAGUUAUUCGCGAAAUGAUGCUUUUAAGUUGACGUGCAGCCAGCCUCGACCAUGUACCAACUGCGUCCAGGCAGAUGCAGCCUGUGUCCCCAGUCAGCGACCAGUGCGACAGUGUCACGUUAAUCCAGAAUACGCUCGCGCCUUGGAGGAGCGGAUCCUCGAGCUCGAAGCCCAGCGAGGUACCGAUGUCGAUCUGCCCUCAGGCCAUCUGCCGCUGGACCCGGCUCCAUCCCCGAGCUUCAGAACCACCGACUUGCGCACGUCAGAGUUACUGGGACCGUCGCAAAUUACAAUCCCGCUGGAUGAAAGCCCUGGGGAUGUGACAUCCCCGGCGAUUGUUGAUUGCUCGCGGAACGGCCAGAACAUCCAAGCAGCCAGCACCCCCUCGAUCACCAUGCUCCCAUCCGUUGCUCCUAAUUCGCCCAAUCCAGCGUUGGAAGGGAACAACUAUGUGACAGGAAUUCCACCGCAGACGCAGGAUGAACUGGUCCGGAUAUUUCUGGAACGCGUGAACCCGCGCUAUCCAUUCCUCCAUGAAGAAACCUUCAUCGCCUGGUACGAUACAUGGAAGAGCUCAAGAAGCUUGGGGGUGCCUCUACCGCUGGACGAGCGAUGGAAGGGCUUCUUCAUCAAGAUGGCAUUUGCGGUAAGCCUUCUGAUCGCUCCCCGGGUAUCGCCCAGCGACAUGAAAGCUUCCCAGGCGCUGUAUACAUCUUCCCUGUCGUCUCUGGAUAUCGUGUUCUCCUGUCUGGACCCGGUUCUGCAUGCACAAGCCUACCUACUUUGCACCCUGCAUGCUCUUCACUCGCCAUCGUCGCAGACCGUUUUGACGAUGAUAUCGGCCGCCAUGCGUUGUUGCGUAAUCGCACAGUUGCAUCUUCCCACGGUAGAGUCCAAGGCUGAAGACCCACUGCUGGAGAUGCAGAUUCGACGUCGGGUGUUCUGGUCCGCGUAUGCCAUCGAUCGCUUGAUCAGUUGGGUGUAUCAUGUUCCGUGCAGCCUCGUCGAUGAAGACAUCCAGGUUGAGCCAUUUGCGAACAUGAAUGAUGAUGAGAUCAAAACAUGGCAACCGAGGACCGAUCGGCUGGACCAGGUAGAAUCCAUCCCGCGGAGGACUCAGGUAUCCUCUGCUCUUCAUUUGAUCCGGGGUAGACGGAUCCAAUCCCGGAUCCUGAGCAUCAUGAUGCGUGCCGACUAUGACCAGCGAUUUGGGGCAUCCCAUCAAUGGCGUCUCCACAUGUUGGAGAUCCUCAACCAGUGGAAGGCCCAGCUGCAGCCCCAUAGCGACCCGCUCUCCAGAGGCUAUACCAGCGAAGGGUGGGUGGGCAUGUUAUACAACUAUACCGUCCUGCUCUUGUACCGGCCCACCCAGGCGAACGUGUGCGACAUGGUGGUUGAGGGAUGCGUCCAAGCCUGCACCGACAUUGCACUGACAUUCUGGACAUAUCUCAAGAGCCGUCAAACAGCCCAACUGUGGCCGGGGUUGUUGAGCCAGUUUGGAAUCGGAAUCACUCUCCUAUACUGCCUCUGGGUCAUGCCCCCAGCUCGUCGACCCGCCGCCCUGCAGUCGUCCAAGGUGGGCACAGCCAUCCGAACCUUGUCGGUGAUUCUGGCAGUCCUUGCGGAAAGGUGGACCCAGGCCGAACCCUUGCGAGAUGUGUUCGAUCUUCUGGCGGAUGCGAUUCCGGUUCAUUGUUCACCGGAUGAUAUGGGAGAGAGGCGCAUCUCGAGGUCCUCGACGGAUACCAUCCAGCAUCAACUGCCCCGACUCCAUGCGAUCGUCGUGAACAAAGACAUCCUGCGCAUGUUGACGGAGAUGGCGACGGAGGAAUACCCGUGGGAUGACGACCGGACAGCCAACUUGGCUGGAUGGUCAUCCAGCGAUGUGCAUACGGCUCACGACUGCCCGCUGUGCUGGGACUCCCAACCGGGCCCGGAGACCUUUCCCCCGGUCGGAUUUGCGUCCGGGGACUUGUGGCCGGCUUUUGAUGGCAGUACAAACAACUCUUUCACCGUCUCGCCCGAGGGAUACCCACUGUUUCCCGGUUUAUUGGGUUCCAUCGAGUUCUGA